AUGAACAACGCAGAAACGAUCCACCUACCACGCAUUCUCUGCCUUCACGGCGGAGGCACAAAUGCCGUGAUCUUCCAGAUGCAGUGCCGCGUACUCGAAAAACGCCUUGCGCAUUCUUUUCGUCUCGUCUAUGCACAGGCUCCAUUCACGAGUAGAGAGCCCGGGCCAGAUGUAACGUCGGUCUACAGAGACUAUGGGCCUUUCAGAGUCUGGUUCUGCGAUCACAACAUGUCUCACACCCUCAAAUCCCGGGAUGUUGUUACAGCGAUUGACGCCAGUCUUGCACACGCCAUGGCUGCCGAUGACGCCAAGGGGGCUACUGGCGACUGGGUUGGCCUGUUGGGCUUCAGCCAGGGCGCAAAGGUGGCAGCUAGCAUUCUCUACCGGCAGCAAAGGUGUGGAAUUACCCAUUUCAGGUUCGCGAUUCUCUUUGCUGGUCGGGGCCCUCUGGUGUGGCUCAUGCCUGACCUCCCCCUGCCACACGGUCUGGUCGACGCCGCUACACCGUUUACGCAUCCUUCUUCUUCCUCAAUCACUAUAGGCUCUGACGAGCACAUGUUGCGGCUGCCUACAGUGCAUGUCCAUGGGCUAAACGACCCUGGCCUGGAGCAUCACCAAGACAUGCUUCGGAAAUACUGCGACCCGCUACAGGCCACACUGCUGGAGUGGGCGGGCGAUCAUCGUAUGCCGAUCAAGAGCAGGGAUGUCGAGACAGUGGUCCAACAGAUUCGUCUAGUUGCUAAAGAGACAGAGACUCCGUCCGUAAUGAUGGCUGGGGGAGGUUUUCAUGGAAGAUCGGUCGAGAAUAGUUUCUCGCUACAAACUUUGAGCAUGUACAUUUGA